AAAGUUUACAGGUUUUAAUGAUCAUUAUGAUGCCUUUUCCCCUUUUUGCUUUUCUUCCUUAACUUCACUCUUCAUCCUCUUGCACUUCCUUUACCUCUCUUCCCUCCUCUCACUCCAAACGACUCAUUUAAAACACAUUGCCGAAAAACAGCGUGCUUGGAAUGGAUUCAGUGAAUACUGAUCUCAAUGUCCACAGUUGGCUAGUGGUCAUUACCUUCAUGGUUGUGAUUGCGAUUGUGAUUCGGCCCAUUCGCAUUCCUCUUCCCAUCCCUGCAUCUUCUCAUUCAACUCAAUCUCAAUCUCAAUCUCAAUCUCAUCACAAUGACUCUUUGACCUCAAAAGAUACUGCCGUCAAUGAACAAGAGCUCGAAAACACCAAGGCAACUAAAGUGAGAUUCCCUUACCGUUUUACGCUUGACAUUGCUACAGCACCUGUCAUUGGAGUUCUAUUCCUUCUCGCUACUCGGUCUAUCGGUGGUGAAAGUGUUAGAGAUGGCAUCGUUGGUGCACCAGAGAGUGGAGUUGAACCAUAUGCAGUUAUGAUUCUCUUUUUUUCAUUGGCCUACAUUUGCAUUAGCCUUGACAUGACUGGUGUUUUUCAAUACGCAGCUUUCUGGAUCUCUAAGCGAGGCGGUGGGAGCGGACACCGGGUCUUCCUCUCCUUCUUCCUCCUCUCGAGUGUCAUGAGUGGACUGACCAGUAAUGAUGUCGUUGUCCUAACCAUGACGCCCUUCUUAGUGUACUACUCCCAUGCUGUCGACUUGGUAACACCUGUGGCCUUUCUCAUGGCUGAAAUCCAGACAGCUAAUAUAGCUUCAAUGGCACUAUACAUUGGUAACUUGACUAAUGUGGUCGCCUGUCAGGCCUAUAAGAUCUCUUUCCUCGAAUACAGUGCUUGGAUGCUUCUGCCCUGCUUCGCUGCCAUUGCCGCUUGCUACAUAAUGCUGCGGAUCAACUUCCGUCAUGAAAAAUAUAUUCCCAAGAUCGUUAAGACACCUGAUGUCGAUCCCAGGUCCUGCUUGGUUGAUCCGAUUGGAGCCAUCUUCGGUUUGUCAGUGCUGGCAUGUUCGUUGAUCUGUUUAAUUGGAACAUCCUUUGCCCAUGUCUCUGUUUGGAUCGUCACUGGCCCUUUCGCACUGCUUACGCUGAUUAGGGAUAUCUGGUACGACUCACAAGGCAAGUUCAAAGGCUUGCAAGCAGUAAGCCUUAUAUCCCAAGGGGAUCAAGUCGUCGCUGAUUCUAAAAGCGUUGAGAACCGGAUAGAACAAGGGCUGUCCGAAAUUGCGGUCCCUCAACAUAGUAUUGUCCGUCCAGUUGAAGUCCUUGACAAAAAUGAGCCCCAGGGCGACAAAGAGAGUAUUGAAACCGUGGGGGUCGAAGAACUGGGCAUGAUGGAGAAGAGGAUGUCUGAUAAACAUAAUACCAAUCCCAUAGAAGGUACGAGCCACGCCGCAGCCGCAUCAUCUACAGAACCUAUGCCACCCGCCGAUAACGGAUCAUCUCACCACCACGGGUGGGUGAAGAGGUUCUCUAGUAGAUUCGAGCACAAGUUCCCACUCUUGCACGCGAUUGCUAUCCGUAUGCCUUGGGCCAUCCUCCCCUUCACUUUCAGCAUGUUCAUCAUGGUUGAGGGUCUCUCCCAUUCUGGAUGGAUCGCGAUCUUUGCUAACUGGGCCACACAUCUAGUUCCUAACUACAUUGCUGCGACCUACGCUAUAGGCUUUAUCUCAGUCCUACUUUGUAAUAUUUUCAAUAAUGUACCGAUGACCAUCCUCGUAGCAAGAAUCUUGCAGCAUCCCAACUUUAUCAAUUCGCCUUUAGCGACAGAAGAGGUUGUCAAGGGAUGUCUGUUUGGGCUGAUCGUUGGUAGCAACUUGGGAGCCUGUACGACAUUGAUAAGUUCCUUGGCGGGAUUGAUGUGGGACUCAGUGUUGAGGAGUAAGAAUAGUGGUGUAGGAUUUUGGAACUUUUUCAAGUGGAAUAUGGGCGUAAUGCCCAUGGUGAUCCUAGUAUCCCUUUCUGUGGUCGUCAUCGAGCUAGCAGUCAUUUAUUAGCUUAUUAAUAACUGUAC